GACCCAUCGGCGUACCCCCAGCCCACCUCUCAGGACCUGGCCAGCUUCUGGGAGCUCCUGCAGCUGGCCAUCGAGGACGUGCGGGUCAAGUUCCAGGACCUCCAGCGGCUCAAGGACUCGGGCUGGAGGCUACCGGCCGAGAAGAAGGAGGAUAAGAAGGGUCCUCCUCCUCUGCCGAAGAAGCCGUUGGGCGGCGUGACCGGUAGCCUGCGUGCGGACAGUGUGAGCGACGGUGUGGGUGGUGGCAGUGGCGCUGGUGGCGGUUCUACAGGAAACAGCGCCAGCGGUAGUGGAGCUGGCGCUGGUAUCGGUGUCGGUACCGGCGGCGGCGGUGGGGGGAUGCUGGUGGUGUCGCGGGGGAGCCAGGGCCCGGGUCUGCCGUUGCGGGAGAAAUCUCUGGACCUCGGGGACCGCCAGCGGCAGGAGACGCGGCGCCGCCUGCUCCAGACCAAGCGCUCGGCCUCCUUCCGCCAGAACUCGGCCACGGAGAGCGCCGACAGCAUCGAGAUCUACAUCCCAGAGGCCCAGACACGCCUGUGAGACACACACGCGUUCGCGCUGUGUGUCCCACACACACACACACACACACACACACACACACAUCGAGAUCUACAUCCCUGAGGCCCAGACACGCCUGUGAGACACACACGUGUUCGUGCUGUGUGUCCCACACACACACACACACACACACACACACACACACACACA